AUGGGUCGAGGUCUACCACCUGGAAGCAUUCCGCCCCCUCCCCCAAGUGGGGGCAACUGGAGUUCCCACCCUCCACCACCUCGUGCCGGUGCCCCUCUUUCGCUCUAUCGUGUCCCUCCGCCGUCCUCGUUUGGUGGUGGGCAAGGUAGACAACCACCACCGAAAAAUUGA